AUGUCUAUCGUCGCUGAACUUGCCAAGAGAGCCCCGGCAGUGACAGCUCGCUAUGACUGGAUCUUAGCGAUCACUGCCAUUGCCUUCAUCUUCAGCGCUUUCGGCAACGGUGCUAACGAUGUCGCCAACAGCUAUGCGACUUCGGUCGCUGCCCGCACGUUGACGAUGCCCCAAGUCGGCAUCCUGUCAAUGUGCACCGAGUUCAUCGGCGCUGUCGCUCUUGGCUCUCGAGUGACUUCAACAAUUAAGAACGGUAUCAUCAGUAUCGAACGUUUCGAGGAUCGCCCUGGAGUACUCAUGCUGGCCAUGGGCUGCGCCGAAGUGGGCAGUGCUACCUGGCUGAUGGUCGCUACCGGCCUGGGCUGGCCCGUGUCCACCACGCAGACCAUCGUCGGCGCUCUGGUCGGUGUAGGUUUUGCCACUCAAGCCUCCAUCAGGUGGGAGUGGGCUUCCGGCUCCGUCUCCCAGAUAGCCGCCUCAUGGGCCAUUGCCCCAGCCAUUGCAGCCGCCUUCAGCGCAAUUAUCUUUGCGACCCUCAAGUUCGCCAUUCUCGAGCGACAGAACUCGUUUGAGAAGGCCAUGCGUGCAAUCCCCUUCUACAUUGCCACGACCUGUGCCAUUCUCGCACUCUUUAUCGUUGUCGAGACACCUACUGCACCUUCUUUGGAGGAGUUCGGCGCCGGUAAAGCCGCAGGCAUCAUCCUCGGUGUUUGGGCUGGUAUGCUGCUUAUUGCCUACAUCUUCUUCAUGCCGUACUUCAAAGCCCGUCUGAUCAAGGAAGACACGCGUAUCAAGUUCUACCACGUUCCGUUGGGACCCAUGUUGCUCAAGGACAACCCCCCUCUCUACUUCCCUAGCAAGUCCACAAAUUACGUCACCGACUAUUACGAGGAUCCGUUCGCAAAGGAGCACGACAGCCACACCGCCGGCAACGGCAUUCACUCCACAAGCACAGACGUUGACUCCGACCGCAUCGAAUCCUUCAAGGAUCACAAAACCGGCACACCAGUUCCGGAUACCGAGAAAAUGGCCGCUGAUGGCACCGCCACCACCACUACACGGCAACGGCGCCAGCCCGGGCCCCGUGAGCGCUUCCUGGAUCCGGUCAAGCACCACGCUAUCACGCACCCUGCCCGAAUCUGGGGUUAUGUCAAGUUCGGGCUUCUGCAAGGCGUCACGCGCGAUUGUGUGACACACGACAGCGCCGCGUUGCGGGAGAUCCACGCACGGGCACAAAAGUACGACGUGCGCGUCGAACACUUGUGGACGUACUGCCAGGUUGUUUCGGCCAUGCUCAUGUCCAUCGCUCACGGCUCCAAUGAUGUGGCCAAUGCGGUAGGCCCGCUGAGCGCCUCGUACGCUACCUACCAGAGCGGAGAGGUUGACACCACUAGCGGCACGCCCAUAUGGAUGCUGGUCAUCGCCGGUUUCCUGUUGGGCGCAGGUUUCUGGUUCUACGGCUUUCACAUCAUCCGCUGUCUGGGAAACAAGAUUACGCAGAUGAGUCCGACGCGAGGCUACUCGGUGGAGCUCGGAGCUGCGAUUACGGUGUUGUUGGCGAGUCGACUGGGUCUGCCGGUAAGCACGACGCAGUGCUUAGUGGGAGCGUGUAUGGGUGUGGCACUCAUGAACCUCGACCCCAGGGCUGUCAACUGGCGACAGCUGGCUUUCAUCAUGAUGGGAUGGGUACUGACACUGCCGAUUGCAGGGCUUAUUAGUGGACUGUUGUGCGUCAUGGCUUUGAACGCGCCGAGCUUUUAG